AUGAAUACCAAUGCACUGCGGGCGUAUUUUAGGGCGAAAGGGGGAGAAGUUGGAGGUUUGGCAUAUCGGGCUAGGAUGCAUCGUCUUUUUGCUGAGCUGGAGCCAUCUAUAACCGUCACCGAGCAAAACAUGGCAGACCGAGUUCAGUAUAUCUUGCGCUCAAAUAUAUUUAAUGUUGCCGAACUCGAACGGCUACGACGUGAGGCUAGAACUAGAGCAAAUGAGGAGUACAUUGGAAAAGACGAUUGUGGAAACGCGCAGUACGCCUCUCGAAAAUCGACCGUGAUUUCCCCGUAUAGCUCUAAGCAAGCGGAAUCGGGCUGUCGUGAGGGCUCUGAACCCAAUGCUGGUGACCUAUUUGGAAGCCAGCUGGGACCUUUGCGAGAUGGACUCAAUUCUCUUUGGCACCGCACUGGCAGCCUGCCGUACUAUAGGCGCCAAACUCUCCACGGCUGGACGCGCUACUGGACAAAGUAG